AUGUUCUUCCCCAAACAGCUGGACAACCAACUGAUGCUCGUCGAUCUCAUGCUGAAACGGCUCGUGGACGGCUUAGAAGAGCGGGGUCUGGUCUCCUGUGUCAACAUCAUCGUCUGCGCAGACCACGGUAUGGCCCGAUCGGGGAAAAGCUUCGUCGUUCACCUGGAAAAUUACGCCCCAAACAUCGAGGAGGUGGCCGAUACCUACGAAGGAUCCUUCAGCAGGAUCAGCCCACACGAUAAAUCAGAGGGUAAGGAUUCGGAUGCACUGUUCCUGGCCUGGCCAGCUUUCAAGCAAGGACUGGUGAUGGAACCUUUCCAGAACAUAGAAAUUUACACCAUGUGCCUCCUUGCUGGAGUGGAACCGGCACCCAACAAUGGCACUGAAGGAUUGCUGUACUAUAUCCUGAAAGAUCCACCCGCAGACCCAGUUCUGCCUGAUGAACCUGUUCCUCCUACUUCUGAUUUUCGAAGUGAUCUUGACUCUCUGUUGCAUAUCUCUGGGUGUGACGGUGACCUGGAAAAGCCAGAGGACUGGCUUUACUCGUUAAAGCUGACAAAGUCUGAACAGGACAGUCUGAAAUCCUACCAUCUUCCAUGGGGCGUUCCCCACACGGGAGACCUUCCAGCCAAGCUAACUCUUCUGUACCACAGUGACCACAUAACUGCCUACUCAGAGACACUAAAGAUGCCGCUGUGGACUUAG